AUGGCUUCGGUUAAAUUCGGCGCAGAGAGCAAUGAGCCGGGCAUGGAGGCUAGAGAGAUGGACAGCCAUGUCUCCGUACCGACAAAGCGACAACGAUGGGCAACUCAACGAGUCGCCGGGACCGGGGGUGUGCGGAAACGUGUCUCCAUUAUGGAUCGCUUCCACAAACGAUCGCAAACGAAGGAUGAAAAGCGCAGGUCGUCCGUAGGGAAUCUCCCUACCGCGGAAAACCCUAAUGCUGAGGGUGAUACUGGAGCUGCUAACCGACGAGUCUAUUUCAACAUCCCCCUCCCCGAGUCGGAAAGAGACGAAGAUGGUCAGCCCAGGGCAGCCUAUCCGCGGAACAAGAUCAGGACUGCUAAGUAUACCCCUUUGUCUUUCGUUCCGAAAAACAUAUGGUUGCAGUUCCAUAACAUUGCAAAUAUCUAUUUCUUGUUCAUCAUUAUCCUCGGUUUUUUCUCGAUCUUCGGUGUCGAUAACCCGGCACUUAACGUUGUGCCUCUAUCCGUCAUCGUUGCUGUCACCGCUAUUAAAGACGCCAUUGAGGAUUGGCGCCGUACAGUAGUCGACAACGAAGUCAAUAAUUCCCCGGUCUACCGUUUGAUUGAUUGGAACAAUGUAAACUCAACUGAGGACAAUGUGUCCCUCUGGCGUCGGAUUAAGAAAGCAAGCACCCGAGCCACGAUCUACACAUAUAGGUUUUUCAGGGACCUGAGUCGGAAGAAAAAGAAUGGACAAAAACCAACCGAAAGUGACCGGCGCGCUUCUUUCAUGACGACCAUAUCUCCACGAACGUCAAUGUAUUCCCAACGGGGCGACGAUGGUCUUGAAGAUGGCGCUAUACAAAUGACCCCCGUUUCAUCCCCCACACCAGAGGCACGCCCAGAUUGGCCACUUCCAAAUGGGGAUCACACCCAAUUCCUUCACCCAGACAAGGCGAAUCGAAUCAGCAUGGUAGAGCCCCCUCCUACUCCCACCACUCCUCCGAGGAAAGGAGGCAGUAUAGUCGACAAGUCGAAGCAGACUCUUGGAAAGGCUAGAUUUAAGCGCGACUUCUGGAAGAACAUUCAAGUUGGAGACUUUGUUAGAUUGUACAAUGGGGACCCUGUUCCUGCCGAUGUGGUCGUUUUGUCGACCUCGGAUCCGGAUGGUGCCUGCUACGUGGAAACGAAGAGUUUGGACGGUGAGACUAAUCUAAAGGUACGACAAGCUCUCAACUGUGGACGCCAAGUACGACAUGCUAGGGACUGCGAGAAAUCCGAGUUCGUGAUCGACAGCGAACCUCCACAUCCUAACCUGUACGCUUAUAACGGUGCGCUUCGAUGGGAUCAGCGUGAUCCGGAUUUUCCUGAAGCCCCCCGGAAGGAAAUGGUGGAACCUAUCAGUAUUAGCAACAUGCUUCUGCGUGGCUGCUCUCUCCGCAACACCGAAUGGGUUCUUGGUGUUGUCAUCUUCACUGGCGAUGAAACCAAGAUCAUGCUCAACUCUGGUGUUACCCCUAGCAAGAGACCCCGACUCGCCAAGGAUCUGAAUUGGAACGUUAUUUACAACUUCAUCCUUCUGUUCAUCAUGUGUCUCAUUUCUGGAGUCGUGAACGGUGUUGCAUGGUCUUCGACAGAUAAGUCGCUCAAUUUUUUCGAUAUCAAAGCUUAUGGAAGUACCCCUGCCGUCACGGGGAUCAUCACGUUCUGGGUUGCUCUUAUCUUGUUCCAGAACUUGGUCCCAAUUUCGCUCUAUAUUUCUCUCGAGAUUGUCCGUACCAUUCAGGCCGUCUUCAUCCACAGCGAUGUAUUCAUGUAUUAUGAGAAGCUUGACAUCUCCUGCGUCCCAAAGACUUGGAAUAUUUCUGAUGAUGUCGGCCAAAUCGAGUACAUAUUUUCUGACAAGACGGGUACCUUGACUCAAAAUGUUAUGGACUUCAAGAAAUGCACUAUUAACGGCGUCUCAUACGGUGAAGCCUUUACAGAAGCGCAAGUCGGCAUGGUACGGCGAGAAGGAGGGGACGCCGAUGCUGUGGCUGCAAGUGCUCGGGAAAGGAUAACUGCGGAUAGGGCUAAAAUGAUCGAAAUGCUUCGUCGUAUCCAUGAUAACCCUUACCUACAUGAUGAAAGUUUGACUUUCGUGUCAUCAAACUUCGUUGGGGAUCUAGACGGUCAAUCCGGCGAGGCUCAAAGCAAAGCGGCGGAGCACUUUAUGCUCGCACUUGCAGUGUGCCACUCGGUGAUCACUGAGCAUACCCCCGGUGAUCCACCACAGAUCGAGUUUAAGGCUCAAUCGCCUGAUGAGGCUGCCUUGGUGGGAACAGCCCGUGACUGUGGAUUCACACUCCUAGGGAGGUCAAACGAUGACCUUAUUGUGAACGUCUUGGGUGAAGAGCGGAAGUAUACUGUGCUCAACACCCUGGAAUUCAACUCGUCAAGAAAGCGAAUGAGUGCAAUUAUCCGUAUGCCCGACGGUACCAUACGACUAUUUUGCAAAGGUGCGGAUAGUGUUAUUUAUUCGCGCCUGGCUCCGGGUACGCAGCAGGAGCUACGAAAGCGGACUGCGGAGCAUUUGGAAUUAUUCGCUCGAGAAGGCCUGCGGACAUUGUGUGUUGCAGAUCGGAAGCUCAGCGAGGAGGAAUAUCGCUCAUGGAGCAAGGAACACGACAUUGCCGCGGCUUCGCUCACGGAACGUGAGGAGAAGCUGGAGCAAGUGGCAAGUGAGAUAGAACAAGAGCUCAUGCUUAUAGGCGGCACCGCUAUCGAAGACAGACUCCAGGAUGGCGUCCCAGAUACCAUCUCCUUGCUAGCAGAUGCUGGUAUCAAACUUUGGGUCCUUACUGGUGAUAGGGUCGAGACUGCUAUCAACAUUGGUUUCUCGUGUAACCUCCUAGACAACGAUAUGGAACUGAUCAUUUUCAAUGUCCCAGAGAAUGAGCCGCAAAGGGCAGCACAGGAGCUCGAUAAGCAGCUUCAGAAGUUCGGGAUGACCGGAUCCGAUGAAGAACUUGUUGCUGCCCGUGAAGAUCACUCCCCACCAGCACCAACACAUGCUGUCGUUAUUGAUGGCGAGACACUUAAGCUGAUGCUUGAUGAUGAAUUGAAACAAAAAUUCCUUCUUUUGUGCAAACAGUGCAAGUCUGUUCUAUGUUGCCGAGUCAGUCCUGCCCAGAAAGCUGCGGUUGUACGAAUGGUGAAGAGCGGUCUCAACAUUAUGGCUCUUUCGAUUGGUGAUGGUGCCAACGAUGUUGCCAUGAUUCAGGAGGCCGAUGUCGGUGUUGGUAUUAUUGGAGAGGAAGGUAGACAAGCGGCUAUGUCUUCUGACUAUGCCAUCGGGCAAUUUCGGUUCCUUCAGCGACUUAUUCUAGUUCAUGGAAGAUACUCUUACCGCCGUAUGGCCGAGUGCAUUGCAAAUUUCUUCUACAAGAACUUGGUCUGGACAAUUGCGCUGUUCUGGUAUUCGAUUUACAACGAUUUCGACGGCUCGUAUCUUUUCGACUAUACCUAUAUUGUCUUGGUCAACGUCGCUUUCACGUCGCUGCCUGUUAUUCUAAUGGGGAUAUUUGAUCAGGAUGUUGAUGACAAGGUUUCUCUAGCUGUCCCUCAGUUGUAUAUGCGAGGUAUCGAGCGGAAGGAGUGGUCACAGCUCAAAUUUUGGCUGUACAUGGCCGAUGGUUUUUAUCAGUCGAUCAUAUGCUUCUUCAUGCCAUACCUACUAUAUAGCCCGGCAAACUUUGUUCAUGCCAACGGGAAGAAUAUCAAUGAUCGAACAAGAAUGGGUGUCCUCGUCGCCACCAGUGCAGUUAUUGCCAGCAACGUCUAUAUCUUGAUGAACCAGUACCGGUGGGACUGGCUGACGGUGUUGAUAAAUAUCAUCAGUUCGCUACUGAUAUUCCUGUGGACUGGUAUUUACUCUUCAGUCAUUGCGUCAGCUCAGUUCUACAAGUCUGGUGAAGAGGUUUACGGUGCUCUGUCUUUUUGGGUCGUGCUACUUAUCACCGUUGCGAUAUGCCUUCUUCCACGGUUUGCUGUCAAGUCUAUCCAAAAAGUUUUCUUCCCCGGUGAUGUCGAUAUCGUUCGUGAACAGAUCACCCUUGGCCAUUUCAAGUACUUGGACCAAUAUGAAGCAUUUGUCCCACCUAAGAGUAAGGCUCCCUCCGGUGGAUUUAGCGACGAAUCGGCAGCGUCUUCAGAUUUGGGUAAACCAAUCCAACCAAGCAUGAAACAGGAUCCCUUCUCCGAUGAUCAGCAGAUCUACGCGCCGUCCGUCGCCCCAACGUCGCACACUCAUAAUCCACGCAGUCAAAAUGGCAGCAAUGGAACGAAUUACUAUGCAUCUAGCCUCGACACCACUCAACAUCCUCAUCCCCAAACAGUGGAUUACAUCAGAACCUCGGCCGAUCCACGUGUGGAGUCGUCAUUAACAGGUGCUCAAGAACCACAAAGCCCACACAGCCCACUCAGGGGCCCUCAUGAUCCCCCAUCGCAUGCCGUAUAA